AUGGGAACUGGUUCAUCGAAGGACACAGACGGCGGUUCAGAAGGAACCAAAGACACACUCGACGAUGAUCAAUCAGGUCGACAACUCUACGUUUCUCUCAAGAUGGAGAAUCACAAACUCACUGCUCACCUUGUUCCUCAUGUUUACGGCUCUGUUCCUCUCGUUGGCUCUUGGGAGUCUUCCAAAGCUCUUUCUAUGGAGCGAGAAUCGGUUUCAAUGUGGGAACUUAGCUUCGUUGUUCCACCUAAUCACGAAACUUUGGAUUUCAAAUUCUUAUUGAAGCCUAAAGAUAGCGAUGUGCCUUGUUUUGUUGAGGAGGGUCCUACUCGCCAACUUAUUGGGGGAGCACUGAGGGAGGAUGCCAAACUUGCAUUGUUUAAGGUUGAUAGCGGGGAGGUUCUUGAGUAUCAAGUAUUUGUUAAAGCAGACAGGGUUUCUCCCUUUGACCUUGCGGCUAGUUGGAGGGCUUAUCAGGAGAAUUUCCGUCCUUCGGCUGUACGUGGGAUUCCCGAUGUCAGCAUAAGCUCUACACCUCAGACAGGUGGCGAGAAUGGUUCUUCUGCAGGUUUGGAACUUGAUCUUGAGCAUUAUGUUGUCCCAGCUCCCUCAACCUCUGCAAAUUCAGCCCAUGUAUAUGCAGCCAACAAUACAGAGAAUCCACGGUCACUAAUAAGCGAGUCUGAUGGAAGUUCAUAUUCCACUAAGGGGAUGGAGGUUAUUGUGCCAGAUCCAUCUAAGGUGUUUCAAAGUUCGGGAAUGGUUGAAUCCAAGUCAGUGGGAACAUUUUCACCUCUGCAAAAGCACGAUAGUCAGAAAGGACAUUUUGUUGAUAGAGGUGUUGGAUCUCCUAGACUUGUAAGAUCUUCUAGUUCAAAUAUUUUCUGCGGUCAUAAUUUGGGCACUGGUACCAAGAAUUCAAUGCCAGCUGCUGCUGGAGCUGUUGCAGCUGCAGCUGUUGCUGAUCAGAUGCUGGGGUUAAAGGAGGAUAGACAUUUGGCGAUUGUUCUGGUGGGUCUGCCAGCUCGAGGCAAAACUUUUACUGCGGCUAAACUUACAAGAUAUCUUCGUUGGUUAGGUCAUGAUACCAAACACUUCAAUGUCGGGAAGUAUCGCCGCCUUAAGCAUGGAGCUAAUCAGUCUGCUGAUUUCUUUCGAGCUGACAAUCCAGAAGGCAUGGAGGCACGUGAUGAGGUAGCAGCGCUGGCAUUUGAAGAUAUGUUAUCUUGGAUGCAUGAAGGUGGCCAGGUUGGGAUAUUUGAUGCCACAAACAGUAACAGGAGACGAAGAAACAUGCUGAUGAAAUUGGCUGAGGAAAAGUGCAAGAUUAUCUUCCUGGAAACAAUAUGCAAUGAUGUAAACAUAAUUGAGAAAAAUAUUCGUCUAAAAAUUCAACAAAGUCCAGACUAUGCAGAAGAGCCAGAUUUUGAGGCUGGAUUGGCAGACUUUAAAAAUCGUCUGGCCAACUAUGAGAAGGUUUAUGAGCCAGUUGGAGAAGGAUCUUACAUAAAAAUGAUUGAUAAAGUCAGUGGACAUGGUGGACAAAUACAAGUGAACAAUAUCAGUGGCUAUCUUCCUGGACGAAUUGUCUUUUUCUUGGUAAAUACACAUCUCACACCUCGGCCAAUUUUACUUACUCGACAUGGAGAAAGUCAGGAUAAUGUGAGAGGCAGAAUCGGAGGAGAUGCCGCAAUAAGUGAGGCUGGAGAACUUUAUUCAAAGAAGCUUGCCAACUUUGUCGAAAAGCGUCUCAAAUCAGAACGGGCUGCUUCUAUAUGGACUAGCACACUGCAGCGAACCAUUCUGACGGCAAGUCCAAUUGUUGGUUUUCCCAAGAUCCAAUGGCGUGCACUUGAUGAGAUAAAUGCCGGGGUUUGUGAUGGUAUGACAUACGAAGAAAUCAAGAAAAACAGGCCAGAGGAGUAUGAAUCCCGCAAGAAGGACAAGCUUAGGUAUCGAUAUCCACGCGGGGAGUCAUAUUUGGAUGUCAUUCAAAGGUUAGAGCCUGUAAUUAUCGAGCUUGAGCGACAACGAGCGCCUGUUGUAGUUAUAUCUCACCAGGCAGUUUUGAGGGCAUUAUAUGCUUAUUUUGCUGACAGACCUUUGAAAGAAGUUCCACAUAUAGAGAUGCCUCUUCAUACCAUAAUAGAGAUACAAAUGGGAGUUACAGGUGUUCAAGAGAAAAGGUACAAACUAAUGGACUGA